CUGUCUCCCCCAAAUUGCCGCCAGCCCCAGCUCCCACCUCUCCCAAAUCAAUAUGCUCCGCACUGGCGCUCUCCAAGUCACGCGCCCUUCACCUCCCAAUCUCCACUCGCUGCUAGCCGCUUCUCCACUCCCCUCGCUUCCAGGUCCGAGUCCCCGUCCAGGCCGCAGCUCGGUGCCCCACGAGGCCCCGUCCAGGCCGCCACCCUGCGCCCCGCGAGGUGCCUGUCCAGCAAGUCGCCGCCCUGCGCCCCGUGAGGCCCCAUCCAGGCUGUCGCCUUGUACCCCGAGCCAGACCUCAUCGACGCCUCCGCCCGCACCUGGAGGCCGCAGAUCCGCAUGGACGUCCCACUCCGUCGCCUAGCUGCUGUGCUGUUCAGGUCUCUCAUUUCGACGUCCUCGAGCAGGACGUGCGCUGCCGCCUCCCUGACUUCCAGACCAGCCCCACGUCCCUGUCUUCGACAUCGAGCACUUCACUGAAGAGCCCAAGAUCCAAAGAACAUGAUGAUGAGGCACAAUGUGAUCCAGAAUGUGAUGACGACGAUGAUCUGUUCUUGCUUGUCAAUAGGCGUCCUGCAGCCCCAUCGGUCCAAUCAGUGCAGCCCUAUCAAUGCAAACCCAUCAGCCCCAGCAAGGAAUGAUGUCACUCGCUCACCACAUGAUGAACUUGUUGGAAAGGAAGUGAUAUUAUAUGCCGUGUUGAGAUCUGAGCUACCUGUGGCUAAGGGAACAAUUAUUUCAACUAAUCCAACCACCUUGGUAGGAGGUCAGCCUCUUGGAAAGCAAUAUUGUGAAGUUAUUGUUAGUUUAGUGCUGAAAAGGGAUGCGACUCUGCCUCGUCCUCAUGCUGAGAUGAACACAAAGGGUGAUUCUCAUAUGAUGGCAAUUGCAUGGCCAUAUAAAAAAGUGAAGGUUAGCAAGGCAUCAAAAUCCUCCCUGGUACUGGAGGCAGUUCUGGAAGAAAUGCUAGGAAGGAUGGUUGAAGCUGUUUGCAAGCUGGAAGAGAAGUGUUCAUGCAACCUUUUGUGUUUGCUUUAUUUUGGAGUUCCAGGAGAUGAAUGUUUUGCACAAGCUUAAUGGUUGUGGUGAAGUGUGAUAGUUUGACCCAUAAUGGUAGAUGUGGAAAUGCUAACAGCCGCUCAUAGAUGCAAACCUGAUAGCUGUGAGCCAGCUUAGUUUGUACUCUUGUAGUGUGCAAUUGGACUAGCUUAGCUAGCUACCCCAUGUAUGGAACUGUGGAUGACUUAGUAUCAAUGUUAUAUGAUCAUUUUUAAUGAAUCAUUAUGAAUGUUCCAAUUGUUGA